AUGGCACCUCUCAUUCCCCCCAAUGGUGUCUAUGUACCCGUUCCUACAUUCUUCAAGCCUCUCAGCCCCAACAGCUAUCAGGCCGCCGUCGAUGUCGAAACGCAAGCGGACCAUGGGAUAUUCCUUGCCAAGUCGGGAAUCAAAGGUCUUGUUCUUCUUGGGUCAACUGGUGAAGCUAUCCAUCUGUCCAAGUCAGAGCGGUUUGACCUUGUCGCUGGUGUGAGGGAGGCUUUGGAGCAGGGCGGGUAUAAGAACUACCCCAUAAUGGCUGGCGUACUCACAAAUGGCCUCGACGAAACCCUAGAAUGGCUCGAGGAUUAUGCCAGAGCAGGGGCACAAUGGGGUCUCGUGUUGACUCCUGGCUACUUUGGCAAAGCUGCGAGUCAGGAUAAUAUCAAGGCUUGGUAUACUAUUAUCGCGGAUAGAAGUCCAAUUCCUAUCUUGAUAUACAAUUAUCCUGGCGUUACCAACCAAGUUAUGAUCGAACCGGACACCUUUAGGGAUCUGGCCCAGCAUCAUAAUAUUGUCGGAUGCAAAAUGUCUCAUGGCGAUGUUUCAAUUCAUGUACAAGUAUCGUCUGACCCUCGAAUUGACCAUUCGCAAUUUCGAGUAUUUAGCGGUUUUGCACAGCAUCUCGGGCCAAUUGUACUGUUCGGGGCAGCUGGUGUAAUCGACGGUCUGUCUGCAUUUUAUCCCAAGACGGUUGUAAGAUUGAUGGAGCUUGCAGCGAAGCGUCCUGUAGAUCAGGAUAACUUAGAUGAGAUACGACGGCUUCAAUACGCAGUGAGUCGUGCAGAGGACUUCAUUGGAAAAACUGGAAUCAUUGGAAUACGCGAGGGAAUCAUACAAGUCACUGGAAUGGGCUCUAGUGAAGGGGGUAGGCUUCCACUUCAGGGCAGACUGAGUCUGCAAACAUGGAGUGCGCUGCGGGAAUCGUUGUUGACUGACGUAGAGGGCUUCGAGGCUGUGUUAUGA